AUAUAUAAACACAAAUAAUUUUAAGCCAGGUCUCUCUGUGUGUCUCUUCCUUCCACCUCUUGUGUGUUAAGUCCGCGUGGUCAGGACACAGCUCCGGUUCAGCGCUGAUUUAUUGAAUUAUCUCGACCGGAGGGACAAGAUGGCGGCGAUGUACGAGAAGGGUGACAUGAAGAGUGGGAUGAUGGAUGACGGGGCGCCCAUCCACCGCAUCCGCAUCACACUCACCUCCAGCAACGUCAAGUCCCUGGAGAAAGUGUGCUCCGAGCUGGUCCGAGGCGCAAAGGACAAGCAGCUGAAGGUGAAGGGACCCGUGCGCAUGCCAACCAAGACCCUGCGCAUCACCACCAGGAAGACCCCCUGUGGUGAGGGCUCCAAGACCUGGGACCGCUUCCAAAUGCGAAUCCACAAACGGGUCAUUGAUCUUCACUCCCCCUCGGAAAUUGUCAAGCAGAUCACCAGCAUUAGUAUCGAGCCUGAUGUUGAUGUGGAGGUGACCAUCGCUGAGUGAGGUCCUUCAGGGUCUUCUAGGGGUCCUUCAGUGGUCCUCUAGGGGUCAGGUCAUCGCUGGUCAAUAAAUCCAGUCGCCCUUC